AUGUCCUUACAGAUUGAUCUGCGAAUAUUGAAGGUUGUCGCUCUUGAGCAUCCUAAUGAUAUUGAUGCUGCAGCGGAAUCUAUUCUUGUAGAAAUUCUACCCUCAAUUGCCACUUCUCAUGAAUCAUCAUUCGCUCUACAAGAUGCAAAUGAAGUGGUUCGUGUCUCAACUUCAGAUGGAAAGGGUAAGCAGCCUAUGUUUUAUGAACAUCAAGAAGAGGAACGAACAUCAAAUCAUCUAUCUGGGAAUGAGCUUGUAGUUUGGGAAAAUACAGUUUCUAGUCAUGGUCCAACCUCUGCCUCUGCCAAUACAGGCUCAUCUUAUUCGAAACGAUAUCUAUUAGUGUUAAUCGAAUGA